CUAAAACUCCAAUACUCCGAGCAUCGCCGUCCAUGGCGACGUAAAAUGGUUCGGCGGUUCACAAUCCUUGACCAUCUCACGUCGACCUCCUCCGACAGCUCUUUGAUAUGCCAAGAGGAUGUCGUUCCAUACGGUCUGUCGGACUUUCUGAGGGAGGUGCAGCAUCACCCUUGCAAUGCCGAAGUUGCCCCCAGUACAGCUCCAACGCCCCCUCGUACUUUUUCCGGCAAGGGCGAUGAACUACCCGCACCGGGGGGCACAUACAUGUCCUUUCAACCCCCCUGUUUCGGCGACGAAGAGGAGGACGACCACAUGGACCAGGACGAGUUGUAUCAACGCAUUCUCUUGCAGCACCCCGACUUGCUCGCUCCACCAUCGUCAACGGUGCCUGCCGAUUCCGGUUUUGACAUCGAAUACACUUACCAACCGGUGGAUGCGACAGAGACGUUCCACGACCAAGUCAUUCUCGUGACAAGUCCCUGUGCAAAAGUUGGUCAUCGAGACGACGAUCCAUCCGUAUCAUCAUCCACACAACACAAACCAGUCAAGGACAAGAACCGCCACGAACUCGACCCAGCCCUCGCUGAUAUUCUUCGUCGGCACAAGGAACUCCAAAUGAAACGCACGACCAUCAUGACCCACCCCACCAUCCAACGGCAGCUCAAGUCGUUUUGGCCGCUUUGUGUCAAACCAGCAGCGACCCCCGACAGCGGGGUGACUGGACUGACUCGGGAAGUAUACCACCACUUUUAUGCCACACUGCUUCGAGGGAUCACCACGGGCUGGGAGGACGGGUUAGCUGCGUCGAUGUUGCACCGGGGGUGGGAAUUUGACCGACGGGGCAUGGAGGUUAUGGACUUGAGCUGUUUUUGUGCGUCUUUGUUCUUUUUCGUCGAGCACUGGGUUGAAGACACGACGUUGCCAGAGUACCAACGUGUGCUCAAACGAUUUCGAUAUAUCGUCCAAACCACAGAUCCACCGUGCGCGGCCCCCGACGGGCUAGGUGCCGAUAUACCUGAUAUCAGAUUGGUCGAGUUCAACCAACGCCUGCUACUACAAGCCGAGCAAAAGGCGCUCCAAGUGCUUUUGGGUAAAUCCAUAGACUUUGACGCGUCGGCGUAUCUCCACCAACAAUCGCACCAGUCUUCCCCCACGCAACUGCUUCCACCUCGUCGCCCUUUUUCAUCGUCCACUGCCCAUUUCUUGUGCGCCGGCGACGCCAAGUUUGAGGGAUUGCGGCCGAUUCAGUCUGUGGCCCAAAUUGAAAUCAACGUGAAGGAAAAAGUUCGACCUGCCACGGGGGGGCCCACGAGACGGGACUCUGCGCCGGACAUCAAGAAACCAAUGCCCGCGUUAGGUCGCCCCCUUAUCCACCCCAAAUCCGCAGGCAAGGACAAGUCCAGACCACCAGGGAUACAACACCCAUUGCCGCACUUAUAACCACCACCACCCCCAAGCUCCCUCCUCGAUCCCUUUACGAGGCACCUCCCAUGUAGUACUAAUAUUUAGCCUCUUGUAAUAUAUAUAUUAAUACGCGAA